CGCUGUUGUCCCAUAAUUUGAAAAGGAAAACUUUGACUAUGUCGUAUGUUUACUCUCUAGCAGUGUACUUUUAGUCUUUAUGCUCAAUAAUUUAAUAUAGUCAAGUAAUAUCAAAACUGAUUUGUUUUUAUUGUGUUCCGGUAACACCUCUGAUGACCAGCACCCUUGUUCACGUGUUGAUUAGUUUGUUGAUCAAGGCAAAACACAAAAGGUUGCUGGCAAGCUACUCGAAAAGGGCGAGUUGUUUAGCCAAAUUAGCGAGCUAGCUAACUAACUUUGUUAGCUGGUUGGUUCGACGAGUUAGUUGGAGAGGUAAUUUAAGAACUACUGUGCCUUGCAUACACGUUUCAGGGCCUGAACUGACAGCACUAUUGACCCAACGCGCUUGACUGGAGGAGCAGCUAUGGCUACACACAAUAAAAGUGAUUGUGCCAUUUUGGCAGAAGAGAAGUUUGACUUCGAUCUUCCACUGUCACCUGCGAGUGAGAAUGGGGACGGGAACGGGGACGUGGACGUGGACGAGGAGGACGAGGUCUUCGUGGGUCCGGUGGGACACAGGGAGAAGUGCAUCUCGGUGGGCAUCGAGAGCCACCUGACGGAGGGCAGCAGCGGGAGCAGCGGGCCUCUGCUCAGCCUGGAGCUGGGCAGCUGGAGCCCGCUCACCGGGGACAAGUUCGACCAGAUCAUCCAGGAGGCCCACCUGCUGGCGCGGCGGAUCGGCACGAACGCCGGGGACGAGCCCGCCGCCGGGGGAUCGGGGUCCGGAUCCGGAUCCUCAGCCGCCGCCGCUGCCGCUGCCGGUCCCAACCCCCCGGGUGAAACGACAGAGCCGUUCGCGGAAGACCCCGCAGCCAAGCUGAGCGCCCUCGGGCGACCGCCGGGCCCCUCGCUCAGCCCCAUCAAACGGGAGACCUUCUGCGUCCGGGACAGCCCCCUGAAACAGCUUCCCCCCGCCAUCCAACAGCGCCUCCUAAAGGCCGGAGGACUCAACAGCCCCGGUGCCGUGCGGGCGACGGGCAGGAGCUGCAGCCCGAUUCAGACCUCUCAGACCAAGGUGGCCCUCAGAGGCAAAGUGGGCCUCUCCGGCGGCAGGGGCCUCCUGCCCAGCCGGCCUGCCGUUCCGGGAGCCUACCCGCGCUCUAAGACCAAGCCGCCCCCUUCAGACACCACAAGACUGCCCCCUCCUGAUAAGGGCGGGGCGGGGCAGAAGCGCAGCCCCUUGCGCCGUCCGCUGAGCAGCGCGGGCUCCUCAGAAGAUCUCCUCUCCGACGUCAGCGUCGACUCCCUCAACACCAGUCUGCCGGGGGGGAGGGUCCUCCCGGGUCCCAGGAAGGUGGGGCAGCCUCCCGCGAUGAAGCCCUUGCCGGGCCUGCGGACCGCAGACAGGAGGAAGAACACCUCCUCUUCCUCCUCCUCGGUGUCCAGCCUGAACUCCAGCAUGUCCAUGUCGCCCUCGGGAAAAGGCGCAUUCAACACCUCCCUGAGCUCGGGCGUGAGCAGCGGGAAGCUGAAGGGCCCCGGUGGGGUGAGCAGGCUGGCCGGCUCCGGCGCGGCGGCCCCCUCGAAGCCGCGCGCGUCCUCCGUCGGCGCCAGAGCGGCGGAGGCGGCGAGGGCGGGGAGGCCGACCCCCUCCGCCCAGGUGAAGAGGGCCGCGGAGCCGCAGGCGGGGCCCGCCAAGCCCAACCCCGCCAAGAAGCGGGACCCCGCCCCGCUGAACCUCACCCCAGCCAAACGGCCUGUCCAGAGGGCCGGGUCCGUUCCCAAUGUCGCCGCCACCGCGGCCACCGCCAAGAGCGCCAACCCCAAGCCGAAGACCUUCGUCACCCCGACUCUCACGACUCAGGCCAGGGGGCCGCGGAGGUCCGAGGUUCCCUCUCCAGAUUCGUCGAGGAUGAUCAAGCCAAAGAAACACCUGUCUGCCAGCAGUACUGAAAGCCUCCUGCAGAAAGCAGGGGACCCGGCCCCAGAGAGCCUCCAGACCCCCACGGCGGGGAGGAAGUCCGUUUCGGCACUGCCGAGGCGCUCCACCGCCCUUCCGACCCCGGUCAACAGGCGGGUGUCGGGGAUCCCCACGAUGACCCCGAAGAGCAUACGGCUGGGCCAGGCUGGGGAGAGAACAGGCCUGCCAGGAUCAGCCAGGAAGAUCAGCCAGGGGAGCCCCGUUCAGCUGAAGGUGGUCCAGCGGCCGAGUGGCCUGGGCCCUGAACCCGUCCCCAGAGAGGCCGACCCCCGCAGUGCUGCGUACCAGCCCGGCUCCCUGGCCUUCUGCCUGGAAGACGAGCCGGGGGAAGCGCCAACCACUGUCCCCGCCCCCGGCACGCCUGAGCCCGCCUCCCAAAGCACCGCGGCGCGUCCCGCUGGUCACGACCCGCGGGACCGCGAUAACCCUGACCGCAGCACGGAGAACUGCGACGCCCCUGAAUCGAAGCGAGGGAGCCGGAAAAUCGCUGAGUCCAGCUUGCAGAGCCAGGAAACUCCUGAAUCCAGCUUGCAGAGCCAGGAAACUCCUGAAUCCAGCUUGCAGGUCCAGGAAACCCCUGAAUCCAGCUUGCAAGUCCAGGAAACUCCUGAACCCAACUUGCAAGUCCAGGAAACUCCUGAAUCUAGCUUGCAAGUCCAGGAAACCCCUGAAUCCAGCUUGCAGAGCCAGGAAACCCCUGAAUCCAGCUUGCAGAGCCAGGAAACCCCUGAAUCCAGCUUGCAGAGCCAGGAAACCCCUGAAUCCAACUUGCAAGUCCAGGAAACCUCUGAAUCCAGCUUGCAGAGCCAGGAAACCCCUGAAUCUAGCAUAGAUGGCCAGAAAAUCCCUGAAUCUAGCAUAGAUGGCAAGAAAAUCCCUGAAUCUAGCAUAGAUGGCCAGAUAACUCCUGAAUCUAGCACAGAGAGCCAGAGCACCCCUGAAUCUAACGAAGAGAAUAAAAAUUCCAGCACUCAACAGGUCCAGAGGACACAGAAUGAUGCAGUGAAGACUCCAGAAAACAAAGAGGUUUUGCUGGUGGACGCUCCAGCCCCGGUCCUGAAGCCUGAGGAGAGGCUGCUCAUCGACCUGUCGAACACGCCCGACCUGAUCAAAACCGCCCCACUGAAGCCCACCGGAGGGCAGUUGAUAGACCUCAGCUCUCCCCUCAUAACCUGGAGUCCUGUUGACAAGAAAGGGAACACCGUGGAUUCUCCACCCCUCAUCAAUCUGUCAUUUUAAUCUACUGCUCUUAUGCUGUCUUUUGUCCGACCUUGGUCUAAGUGUAUGGUACUUUGUGUUUAUUAAAAAAAUUAAGGAUUGAAGUA